AUGGAGUGGAGACCCCGAGCUGUCCAACGCUAUCUCAAACAGACGGAUCGUUUUCUUGAGCUACUUUGUUUAGCUGUCCAUAUCACAGGCGGGCAGCCAGCUCGUGGGCCAGAGCUGCUCUUCGUACGCUGGCGCAACGGCGUGCUACAAGACCGUAAUCUCUACGUUAUGGACGGCCAAGUCGUAGUAAUUACUCGCUAUCACAAGACGCAAUCGCAGUGGGAUAAGCCUAAGAUAGUCGCGCGGUUUCUGCCUGAGGCAAUAGGCCAGCUAGUC